CAAAGGCCACUGUAGUAACGGCUGGACUGUGGUAGAUGGGUGCCACAAGCCAGACGCCCCUCGGCCAGUCUCCCGAGAGUCAUUCCACAGCCAUGCACUUGCCUCAGCACCAGACAGGGGAGUCUGUUCUAAUGGAGGAAGGCAACAUUAACCCAUCUUUUAAGGACUUGGAUGGUGGUGACCGGUCAGAGAAGAUUGUCAUUGAUGAAAGUCCUGCAGACAGCAUCGACGGGAGUCUGGAGAAGAAGGGCUGUUCUGACCUUGUCUAUUCCAUAAACGACAGACCACCAUGGUAUCUCUGCAUACUACUCGGCUUUCAGCAUUACAUCUUGGCUUUUGGUGGCAUUAUUGCCAUACCACUCAUACUGGCUGAACCUAUAUGCAUAAAGGACGACAAUUCAGCCAAAAGCCAGCUCAUCUCCACCAUAUUCUUCGUCUCUGGUUUGUGUACACUGCUUCAGACAACCAUCGGAACAAGGUUGCCCAUUCUGCAGGGAGGAACAUUCAGCUAUAUUACCCCCACCCUGGCCAUCCUUGCCCUGCCAAAAUGGAGGUGCCCAGACCCCACAGACCCAUCACGAUCCAAUACAACAGAAAUUUCUCACGAAGAUCAUGACGAAGUCUGGAAAUCCCGUAUGCGAGAGAUUCAGGGGGCAAUUCUUGUGGCCUCCUUACUCCAGCUGUUCCUGGGCCUCUCAGGACUGGUUGGACUGGUGCUGAAGUUUAUCGGACCCCUGGCCAUUGCUCCCACAAUAAACCUGAUUGGACUAUCCCUCUUCAUCGAAGCUGGGAAGAAGUGUGGAGGCCACUGGGGCAUUGCCUCCCUGACGGUUUGCCUCAUUCUUCUCUUCUCCCAGUACCUGAGCAAAGUCAACGUUCCACUGAUCGCUUACAAAGACAAGAAGUGGAAGGUCUUUCAGUACCCUCUUUUCAAGCUCUUCUCUGCUUUAUUUGGAAUGUGUGGCUCCUGGCUCGUCUGCUUCCUGCUGACAUAUUUCAACAUGUUGCCUACCAAGCCUGAUGAGUAUGGCUACACGGCACGGACAGACCUAAAAGUGGACGCUGUCACCAGUGCCCCCUGGUUCCACGUACCAUACCCUGGCCAGUGGGGUCUCCCGACUGUGAGUGUGUCUUCCGUGCUGGGUAUGAUGGCUGGAGUUCUAGCAUCCACCAUGGAGUCCAUUGGUGAUUACUAUGCCUGCGCCCGCCUCUCUGGAGCCCCACCCCCACCAACACACGCCAUCAACCGUGGAAUUGCAGUAGAGGGCAUUGGAUGCAUCCUGGCAGCUAUCUGGGGCAGUGGGAAUGGAACCACCUCAUACAGUCAGAACAUUGCCACACUUGGAAUCACCAAGGUUGGCAGUAGACUGGUUCUGCAGACUGCUGGUGUUCUGAUGAUUGUCCUGGGACUAUUUGGAAAAUUUGGUGCCAUAUUUAUUACCAUCCCUGACCCAGUCAUCGGCGGAAUGUUCCUGGUAAUGUUUGGCAUGAUAGCAGCUGUGGGAAUCUCAAACCUUCAGUAUGUGGACUUGAAUUCCUCGAGGAACUUGCUCAUUCUUGGAUUUUCAACCUUUAGCGGACUUGUUCUUCCAACGUGGUUUCACUCCAAUCCAGGCAUCAUUGACACAGGACUGAAAGAAUUCGACCAAGUUAUAGUUGUCCUCUUUACGACUCACAUGUUUAUAGGCGGAUUCUUUGGAUUUGUGUUGGAUAACACUAUUCCAGGAACAGCAAGAGAAAGAGGGAUUAAUAAUUGGAGGAACAAAGUUUACCAGGAUCCCACUGAAUGCGAUGAAGAUCAAUCCUGCUAUGAUCUACCAUUUUGCACUGACUUUCUCUACAGAUUCAGGUUCACUCGGUAUAUCCCAUUCCUUCAGACAUUCAGGAGGUUCGACAAGAGAACACACAACUGACGACACACUAUCUUGAAAAUAACUAUCAUUUGUAUUUGACAUAUUUCUCUGUUCAUUUCAUUUCUAGGAUGUACUUCUGUAAAAUGGUAGCAGUGAACUUGUUUGUUUUUCACUGUUUC